AUGAGCAAAAGGAAAUUGGCAUCACCAGAAUAUACGCUGGUCUUCAUAAUGCUGUUUGUAGCAGUGAAAUCAUCGCCCUGGGGUGGGGCCAACAGGAGCGUGUACUCGUUGGUUGAGCCCAAGUGUACUGGACUCUGGACAAAAUGGCCCGGACACAGAAGCUGCUUCUUGUUUAGUGAGAUGAUAUUUCCAUGGCAACGUGCCCAGGCCAACUGCAAGAGCAAGGGCGGAACUCUCGUGAGCAUCACGUCCAAAGAUGAGCAAGUCUACAUAGAGGAUCACAUCAAAUUUUUGAACAGAAACUACUUCUGGUUGGGUGCCAGCAAGAAACUAACUAAACCUUUGUUGAAAUGGGAAGACGGUUCUAGCAUGAGCUACCAGAACUGGGGUGCACAAGAAUCUAGUCCGUCUAGUCCGUCUAGUCCGUCUAGUCAGGAGAGAGAGGGCUGUCUGGCCAUCGAGGUGUCCACCAUGACGUGGACGGUUCUCAACUGCUCCAUGCCUGUCUCACACAUCUGCAAGAAAAGUCUUGAUGCUUUUGCCCUGAAAAGAUCUAACGGAUCAGAUUUGAUUUUCUUGUCAACAGAGCAGGCCAUUACAAGUUCUCCCCAGAAAGUAAAUAACGCAGCUAUCCAAUCAGACGACAGGUCAUGUGAAGCAGGCUGGGUGGCGUACAACGACUUCUGCUACCUGGUGAAGAAGUUAACAGUCAACUGGUUCGAAUCCUACGCAGCCUGUUGGAUGAAACAGGCACUUCUGGCUGUCAUCGAAACAAGAGAAGAAAAUUUUUUCAUUCAGGAUAACAUUCCAAUAGGUCUAGGCCUUGAAGUCUGGAUUGGCCUCCUGUAUAACGCCAGCCAAAAGGUUUUUGAGAACGUGGAUGACAGUCCUGUGGCCUUCACCAACUGGAGGGUCAAUGAACCCAACAACUACAGCACCAACCCAGAGUCGUGUGUCUACAUGGACAGCUCGCUAGGGAAAUGGUACGACGGUGAUUGCGACUUAUCGAAAAAUGGCUUCGUGUGCAAAAAGCCGAAUGGAAUUUUAUCAGAGAAUCCAACUACUUCUGCAGACACAGAUAUAGACACAUCUCCACAUUGUAGCUCAGAUUCUGUUGACAAUGGCUAG